CCGGAAGUGGUUGUAAGGGGAAAUAACUCUAAUAUUGAGCUUUUCAAAAUGGCUGACGACCAAGAGCAGCAAGUUCCAGCUCAGACAGUUGAAGAACCUUUGGAUUUAAUUCUACUUAGUUUGGAUGAACGAAUUUAUGUUAAAAUGAAAAAUGACAGGGAACUCAGGGGAAGACUUCAUGCAUUUGAUCAACAUUUAAACAUUGUAAUUGGUGAUGUAGAAGAAACUGUAACUACAGUUGAGAUAGAUGAAGAAACCUAUGAAGAAAUAUACAAGUCAACCAAGAGAAAUAUUCCCAUGUUAUUUGUUAGAGGGGAUGGAGUAAUUUUAGUUUCACCACCAAUGAGAACUGGUACAUAAGAUGAUCCAGAUUCUUGGCUAUGAAUAUCAUUGUCCAUUUAGAACUUGCAUUCACAUACAAUGUAAAACUGAACUCAAACUAGUGAAGAUAAUUCUGUUUUUGUAGGACAUUUCAAGAAAAUCAUUUCAUUUGUUAAAAUUAUUCAUGUGGAGAUUUUUGUAAAACAGGUUUUUACAGUCAUCAUAAAUUUUCUGAACAUGGUGUUAUUAUUGAUGUGAAAAAAAUCAUGUUGUAAUUAAAAAUGUAAACAUUU